AUGAAGUACCUCGUUUCAACUAUUUUACUGGCGACAUGUUGCCUGUGCCAAGAUGUAAUUUUUCCCGAUCAACUGCAAGCGCUGAAGGAAGCGUCGGAAUACGAUUUGUCGAAACAAAAAGACGAGGAGUCCGAAAUUUCCAAUCAAGUGGAAAGCUUGAAAGCCCGAAUGAAGUCGAACGAUAAGAUCGAGCUGUCGACCGAUUUAAAAGACAAGAUCCGAGACGAUUUGUCAAAAGGACUGACGCGAUUCACUCUCAGCCUGGAUGAAACUUUGGAGGAUGGCAGGGGGAGCGCGGGCGGCUCGGUCAAUGAAAAUCUCGUUUUCUCACCCUUGAGCUUGCAAACGUUACUGGCUACGAUUCUCUUGGCCUCCAAGGGGCGAACGUUCGAAGAAGUCGCCCGCGUUUUAAAUCUCAAUCCGAGCGGGCCGCUCGCCAAUCAUUCGGAAAUUUUUCAUCACUUUUUCGGCCAGAGUAUCCUGGAGACUCUCGAUAAUUCAGCAGGCGUCGAAUCGUUGAAGUUUAACUUUGGCACAGGUGUAUUCCUCGAGGUAUAGUAUAACAUACACACGAAUCCGAGCC